CUGCAGAUUCUCGGAGGGAAGAUAAAAAUAAAAACAACCUCUAAAUGUCCCGCUCAGGAUAUGUACAGUACCUGUUUAAUGCCACGCUAUCUGGCGAGAACCGUCAGGAGCCAGUACUUUCAAAGAUCCCUAUGGUUUCUUGUCCCGGGAUGGCGAUAAAACGCCGCAACCUAACCUUGAAUGGCCGGAACUAAACCCUUUAGGGCACUGUUUUUGACGAAAUUGUGAGUUUCAUCUCAGCCGCUUCUUACCCGAAAGUCCCAGCGAUAAUUUAACGCGGGACGACGGAAGUGGGGGAACCCAGCUGGGUAUUGACACCGGCAGCCCUGUGCCGCCGUACCCUAAGAACAAUACCGACGGCGGAACGGGAGCCUCCCAAAUGACUCUUUUCAGAUACGCCCCUAGGGACAUUGCAAGCAUUUAUCACGAUCCGCUUCUCGCUGAAUACGGUAAUGGAAAUGGAGGGCUGGCGAAGCGUUUCCAAGGCCUGGUAGUGCUUGGAGGCGUAUGGGACUCUUGCGGACGCGGCUGUACCCGUAGGGGUGCCUCCUCCGAGUUUAAAAAGGCUUCUAUGCCCUGGCUUCCUUCUCUCCGAACGCCUUCCAGAAAAAAACUACCAUCUCGCUCUCCCCCUUAAUUUCCUCAUUACACCUGAUCGUCUUUCUCAUUCAUCCAACAAUGUCGGUUCCAACCACUUUUAAGCUAAAUACAGGGGCUGAGAUCCCUUCGAUUGGGCUGGGUAGCUGUCCCCCACCAUCUUAACUUUUUGUCCAAAGUGCUGAGCCGUUAUUCUCUUAGGAACCUGGCAAUCGGCUCCCGGCGAAGUUCAGGCAGCAGUGUCCCACGCACUUCUGAAGGGUGGCUACAAACACAUUGAUGCAGCCUACUGUUACGGCAACGAAUAUGAGGUCGGAGCUGGUCUCGCCGAAGCUUUCAAGGGUGGUGUGAGGAGGGAGGAUAUUUUCGUCACCACAAAACUGUGGUCGACCUACCACUCCCGGGUUGAAUUGGGUCUUGACAAGAGUUUGAAGAGUCUCGGUCUAGACUACGUUGACUUGUUCCUUAUGCACUGGCCCGUUCCUUUGAACCCUAAUGGCAAGCACCCGCUCAUUCCUUUGGGAGCUCCUCAGGAUACUAACGAAACGGGACAUCCAGGCAACCACGACAAAUUCCCGAAGUUGGCGGAUGGAUCGAGGGAUCUGCAGACUGAUUGGAACUAUAUUAAGACGUACAAAGAAAUGGAAAAGCUAUUGUCAACUGGAAAAGUCAAGGUUUGAUCCCCCCCUUUCAUUCAUGCUUCACCGGGGCCAACACUUUUCGCAGGCAAUUGGCGUUUCCAACUUCUCAGUUCCGUUCCUAAAGAGCCUUCUCGCGCAAACCACUAUUGUCCCUGCGGUUAACCAAAUUGAGAACCACCCGUUACUCCCGCAGCAUGACGUUGUCGACUUCUGCAAGGAAAAUGGAAUUACCAUCACCGCAUACUCUCCUCUUGGCUCUGCCGGUGGACCUCUACUCGAGGAGGAAUCCAUCAUUAAGAUUGCCAAGAAGCACAAUGUUGCUGUUGGCACAGUUCUAUUGAACUACCAUAGUAACCCAAUCAUUCCUUUGCUCGAUUAGAGCCCUACUAAUUGGUGAAUGCAGUCAACCGUGGGAAUGUCGUGUUGGCAAAGUCGGUCACCCCCAGCAGGAUCGAGGAAAACAGCCAGCUCUUGAAGCUUGGCACCAAGGAUAUGAAAGCCCUGAAUAAUAUCCAUAAGGAGAAAGGAACAAAAAGGUAUUUGGGGCCACCCUGUUCGAGCAAUUGAAUGAGCAGGCUAACUUGAAUCUUAGGUUUGUGACACCUCCAUGGCCCGUCAACUUUGGCUUUCCGGAUUGGAAACAGGACGUUUGAAGGGCAACUCGGCUACUAGUAAUAGUGUUGUGCCUUUUGGCGGUACCUAUUGCUGUAUUCGUUAUUAAGAAGUGCUUGCUCUUCUAAGAGCAGUGCCAAAUACUCAAUAUGAACAAACUCUCCCAAG